AAAGCGUUGUUCUUAGUUGUAGUGGGCACAAUUAAUAUUAUAAGUUGCGAUAUUUAUAAUUAAAAUGCGAGUUUUAAUCAGUUUAUUAUUUGUGUAUGGCGUUCUUGGAGAUGAACCCUGUUCAAUUUCAUGUAUCUCUGGUAACUUAACAGCUCCAAUGGAACCAUCUGCCCCUGAAGCUUUUAAGAAGUAUGGGCUUACUCCAAAAUACGUACCCAUUGCUCCUAAGGAUCAGCUAAUGGGUACUUUUCUGACAGCAAAUGUGGGGUUAGGAAACUUCAUUGAUCCACUUAGAAUUAUUGAUUCUGUGAAUAUCAAGUAUCCAAAUGGAAAGGACGAUGUUAAAUACACGUUAUUUAUGUUAGAUUUUGAUGCACCCCGAAGUCAUCAACCUAAUGUGUACAUCAUUGGGCUUUACGUGAAUGCACCAAGUAGCAAUCUAAUCACCGAUAGUGACCACGUUGUUACCUACGUGCCGCCCUUGCCGGGUUUGGGAACUGGUACCCAUCGACCAACGGCUCUUUUAUAUGAGCAAAACGAGCACAUAGACCCUGAACAACCUGAAUUGACGAAACUGUUGAAAACUCGUGUAUUUCAAGUGGAACAAUUCGUAAAGAAAUACAAUCUCAAAGCUGAGCCUGCAGCGGGGAACUUCUUCACGACUUCAUUGUCGCGUUGCGGAGAUGUUUAAUUAAUUAGUGUGGUGUCCUGGAAGAGAUCGCUUCUUAGCGAUAAGGCCGCCUGUUGAAUCUCUUAUAAUUUUAUGUGUUAUUUGUUGUUCUUAAAAUGUAACGAAGUGUAGUGUAGUAAAUUUAGAAUUAAUAUACCAAGUUUUUUAUUGGAAAACAAAAUUUUUGUUCACUAUACCCGUGUCACAAAAACCUUGCUUACAUUUAUUAUUUUUUUAUUUAAAGUAUUCAUAUUCUCAGCAUAUACACAAUUAGAGGAAAGAGGUAAAAUGGUACAACGAUUUGAUCUGUUCUAACUAUGUCGGAGCAAUGGCGCUUGUAUAAGCUGCCGUUGUCAUUAUAAUAUAAUAACAUCAAAAUAAAAUAAGUUCUAAACCGGCUAAUAUUUAUAGUUCCACAAAUUCAUAGUCUGUAGUAAUUACAUAGUCUUUAUUAUUAAUGUUGAAGCAAUGGUGUUAGUGUAAUUAUGGUAUGUAAAAUUUUAAUUAAAGGUAUGGUUUUAAUUAAC